GUACAGCUGCUAAGGGAAAGGGCGGAGCUGUGACCAAUGAGUUGCAUAAGAAGGGACCAGGACAACUACCUGGAGUCGACUCCUGAAGAGCGUUUGCGAAAGUGAGCCUACGCGAUUGGUACUGCACUGCCGGACAGCGACUAAUAUUUGAAGCCCAUUUGAUCACCGGCGGCGACGUCGUCUUCCGUAGCCAUACAACGGGAGUUAGAGACGGCGAUUUAGCAUCUAGCAAAGCAUACAAUAAAGAAAGCUUUUAAUCAUUACUGUUGUCUCUUCAGCAGUCUGCUUUGCUUAGUGCAGUAAAGGGAACUCGUGAACAGAAUUAAAACGAUCGAUGUGAAGGUACAAGAAAGCGCAUCCAAGUAAUGCUAAAUCCAAAGGCGACAGCUUACGAGCCAGACGGGAGCCGGUCUCACCAGUUAUAUGUCGUCAUCAAGAGCGACGGAAGUACAAUUCGAAGCGCGUGCGUAUUUUUGAGCGGCGUGUCACUACCUGCUCUGACAGUACAGAAAAAAAAAACAUUUAACGAAGAGCGACACCGGGCAGCAAGCUGCGAAGUUCAAGUGUCGGAUUGUACACUAGUGGUCAGCUUGUGUCGGGCUGAGAGCAGUGAUCGAGCGUGGGGAGAAUCCUGAAGCUACUGGGAUGAAUAAUGCUGUUGCCAUUCCAGUGAACUUGUAGAGAUAUCUGCACACCAUGGAGAAGAGAGUCAUGACCAUUAAAGAAGAGGACUGUGAAUGUGAAUCUGAACUCUACAGUCAGCCGUGUUUGCACAUUAAGUCAGAGGACUGUGAUUGGGAGUCAGUGGGCAUUACAAAAGACUUGGAGCAGACAGCUAUGUGUAUUGAUGUACAGAAAUGUGAAUUUAAAGACAUCAUCAAGGAAGAGGACCAUAAAUCAGAGUCUAUAUCUCGGUAUGGUUUUCAAGAUGAAGAAAGGACUGGAGUAGCCUCCUUGCAAGACUGGCACUGUUCUUUUCAGAGACAUUCUGUCAAUGUGAAAUCUGAAUUUUUAAUGUUGGACAUGGAGAAAGUAUCAAGGAGAACAAAGGGAGACCAUCCAACCCCUUCAAGUCCUCCUGGAGAAAGGUUGCAAGAUAGUAACUGCUUCACCUCACCCUCCUAUGGUGAUUCCUCUCUUCAGAGCAGAGAACAACAGCCAGCAUGUAAGGAAAACGUCAAGCAAUUAACAUCGGGAACAAGCACAUUGCAGUACAGCUCUUUACAUGUUGUAAAACUAACAGACUGCCCUGGCAACGCUCAACAGGCGCAAAAUACAAAUUCAGUGUCCUUGUGCUCCCGUCAAAAGCCGAAAAAAAAGUUUAAAAGAAAAUCAAAUAAGAAAGAUCCACAGUCAAAUCAUUCGAAACAGAAGCCACAUUACUGUUCUGAAUGUGGCAAGCGGUUUUCCUGUGCAAGUAGUCUUCGGGUACACACAAGAAUUCACUCGGGAGAGAAACCCUAUUGCUGUGCUGAAUGUGGGAAACGAUUCUCUGACAGUAGUAGUAUUCGGAUACACACAAGAAUUCAUUCAGGAGAAAAACCAUACUGCUGUUCUGAGUGUGGGAAGCGAUUUUCAGACAGCAGCCACUUUCAGAGACACAUGAGAAUUCACACUGGUGAGAAGCCAUACAGCUGUUCUGAAUGUGACAAACGAUUUUCCUGCAGUAGCAGUCUGCAGGUACAUACAACAAUUCACACUAGCCAAAAGCCUCAUUGCUGUUCAGAAUGCGGCAAACGAUUUUCUGACAGUAGAAGUCUGCAUGCACAUUUAAGAGUUCACACUGGAGAGAAGCCUUUUUACUGCGCCGAAUGUGGGAAACAAUUCUCGUACAGCAGCAGUCUUCGGAGACACAAACGACUUCACACCGGGGAACAGCCUUACUGGUGUUCUGAAUGUGGCAAACAGUUUACUGACAGUUCUAGUCUUCAGGUGCAUACAAGAAUCCACAUUGGGGACCAGCCCUACUGCUGCUCUGAAUGUGGCAAACGAUUCACCCGCAGAAGCAGUCUACUAAGACACUCAAGAAUUCACACUGGAGAGAAACCAUAUGGCUGUUCUGAAUGUGGAAAAAGAUUCUCAGAAAGAGGUACUCUUCGGAAACACACAAGAAUUCACACUGGAGAGAAACCAUAUGGCUGUUCUGAAUGUGGCAAGCAAUUCUCAGACAGUGGCAGUCUUCAGAUACAUGCCAGAAUUCACUCUGGAGAGCAGCCGUUCUGUUGCUCUGAAUGUGGUAAACAGUUCUCCCAAAAAAGCACUCUGCAGAUACACAUAAGAAUUCACUCGGGAGAGAAGCCCUUCUGUUGUUCGGAAUGUGGAAGACGAUUCUCCCGCAGAUGCUCUCUUCAGAGGCACUCGACAGUUCACACUGGAGAGAAACCACACUGCUGUUCUCAAUGUGGCAAGCGAUUUUCCAGGGCCAGUAGUCUUCAGGUUCACACAAGAAUUCACUCGGGAGAAAAACCCUAUUGCUGUCCUGAAUGUGGCAGGCAAUUCUCCGACAGGAGCACUUGUCGGAUGCACAGAAGAAUUCAUUCUGGAGAGAAACCACACUGCUGUUCUGAAUGUGGCAAGCGAUUUUCCAGUGCUAGUAACCUUCAGGUGCACACGAGAAUUCACUCGGGAGAAAAACCGUAUUGGUGUCCUGAAUGUGGCAAACGAUUCACUGACAGUAGCAGUUUUCGUAUACACACAAGGUAUCACUCUGGAGUGAAACCGUAUUGCUGUGCUGAAUGUGGCAAGCAAUUCUUCACCAGCAGCCACUUUAAGAAACACAUGAGAAGCCACAGUGGUGAGAAGCUGUUUUGCUGUUCGGAUUGUGAUAAACGUUUCUCCGAUCAUCUCAAUCUCCAAAGACAUGCAAGAAGUCAUGUGACAAAAAAAGCUGAGAAAUAGAAGAAUGUAGGAACUUGAACUGUACUAAGUAUCACCCUGACUGCUCAGGAUUUGUAUAUUUUCACCAUAAUGAGGUUUGACAUUGUUCCCAUUUUAUGUGUCUUCCUGGAAGAAGAUGCCCAGUACACCCUGCACUGAAAGAAAUGAAGACCAUAUGAGUAGAGCAACAUUUUCAGGUAAAGAGAUGAACUCUGGUGUGAUGUCAUAUUAGACUUAACCUGUUGCUGACCUCACUGUGACAGAAGAGGCACGACCACAUUGACGUGUUGUGUUGUGUGGGGUGGGGUGGGGAUGAAGAUUCCUUGGUGCAGGCCAGUACUCCUGCAUUACUUCUGCUGAAUUUUCAGCUAAGAGUAUCAUUUACACUAUC